AUGGCUCGUGGUAAAGACAAGAUAUACUUUGACCAGACGUGCUCGGAAUCUUUUUGUCGAUUCGGGGGAAGUUCUCGUACCUUCACCUCUACAAUUCGGAAUCAAUGGGAGAAUGGAAAAUUGCUCAAGUGGGCUGUUGGGCGUAAUCUAGAGGCGGAGGACGAAGCGAAUGUAGAGGACACAGCAUAUCCAGGGAAGGAAGAUGGACUGGACUCACUCUCAUUCAUGGCAUGGGCAAAAGCAGCCCUAAUGACUUUCAGUGAAGAUAUGCUUAUACGGCGAACCCUCCUCUCGGUGAUGUGGGUGAGAAACCCAAAUCAGAAAAGCUCAGCAAGCCAAUGGCUCAACGGUUCUCACCACCCUCCUCUGGCGCAAACACCGUUUGCUGCGCUGCGCUCAUCACGAGAAGCCGGGGAACUCUCUUGGGUGGACUUCAAGCGCGAUGAUAGUCAGUCUGAAGUUUUCUACUAUGCCAUCUUUAUUAGUUCAAAGACCGGGCUUGGGGGUUGGUCUCAGUGGUCAAUGAAAAUGUACUAG